AUGUGGCAGUGCUCGAUGGCAGCGACUGCUGUAGGACGAUCUCCGCUGACUAUCGCCUGUCAGAUUGCUUAGCUCUAGGUUACGAACGGACCUUUCCACAUCACAGUCGACGACCUCAUACCUUCAGGCUUGCACUUUGACUCUUCGCACCCCCUGCACCCUUUCCUCAGCCAGGCUUUAUCCAGACUUCAUCAUGAUUCGUGGCUUGUCGCCGGAGUAUGUCAUGAAGCUGAGGAGUGAAGCCGCCAAAGUCAGAGCCAUAGAAGACAAGUUGUUUUUGGAGGUCUGUCCUCUAGCACAGCACCAAACCGCUUAUUCAGACAGAGGCUUACGGUUAUUCGAAAAAAGAGAUAAACAUCUCAAAAACAAUAACCUAAAGAAAGUGAGAGACUUUGUUGAUCGGCACCCAUCCGCUUUAGCUGUGUCUUCAAAGACGAUGGUGAAACAGACCCCUGAACAAGCCCGGAGGUUUUACCAGACCACCCGAAUAGCCGCCUGGCGCGCCACCCGUUUUAAAAAUGCUGCUUUAGCGGAAAAGGAUCCCAAAGACAACAAAAUACAGGGUCUGUACUUCCCAGACUUUGUCCGUCGCGUCACCGACCUGGGUGUCCAGGGAGAUCAAGGGUCACCUAUGCCGGCGCUCGUCUCCCCGUACAAGCAUCAACCUCUGCGUCUCGAGGGCCGCAUCCCGCUCUACGACAAAAAACCUUGCAAGAAGGUUAAGGUAGAAACAGAAGAGGACUCUUACACUGAAGAAAAUGAAGUAUUGCAAAAGAAAGAGCAAAAGGCCCGCCAACCGAAAAAGGCUGUACAGCGCAAGAAAAAAGUAAUUAAGCUACCCCCCAUCCCUCAGCCCCUAGAUAAAGGCACAGACGAGCCAACGUACAUUUCUACCAUCUGCGACUGGUGCGCUAAGGACGAAGAGGAGAAGGCCGCCGCCGCGUUGAUGCACGCGAAAUCCAAAGGCUUCUGGCGGCGGUCCCAUAACGUCGAAGUGCAGACGGACAGAGGUAAGAUGAUCGUCGACAACCUCUUCACGGAGGAUUUUAGGCAGGAGAUGACCUGGGGCUGGGCCGACUUGAGCUGCGUGUCCGUCAGCAGCAUCUCCUCAUCCACUUCCUACGAGGAGGAAGUGGUCGAGAAGUCUGAGGAAGAGUCAGUGGACGUGGAGCCAUGGGAUCCAGAUAAGAUGACCAUGGAGGAAAUCUGGACGAAAGUCCGCCGAAAUAAGUCAGGCCUCCCCCACAUCGUGCACUCCAUGUCUUCCGGUUCCUUCAGUUCGUGGUGCAAGGAGAUCAGUGACAGGAUUCACUGCUUGGAGCGUUCCGCCCAUGAGAAAACGCAUAGUCGCCGAAGGAAGUCCUUCCGGGAAGUUUUCAAACCUCCGCCUACAGAAACCUACCCACAGUGGCUACUGCGUCCCUUCCAGACUGUGCACACCAUGUCUCCUAAAACCCUUGAGAUGUGGUGCAGGAAGGUGAAUGAAAGGAUUGCACUGCUGGAGAAGAAGCUGCCACCUUCAGCAAAAACCGUAAGCAGCGACUUUAACCUCCAAGCCGCCGCGGAGCUGCGAGCUGGGACCCGGCGUCCCAGCAAGAGGUCGCUAAAGGUCAAGUUGACGCCGACACCACCGCCAUCACCAAAAGAGAAGAUAUUGUCCCCAGAACAGGAAGCUAGCCCAGAGCUAGUGCACACCGUGCAGUCCAUGUCGUCGGUGUCGUUGAACGAAUGGUGCCGCAACAUCCGCGACCGCAUCCGCGACAUAGAGACAUCCCUGUCGGUACCCCUCAACAUGGCGGACGAGUGUGCUGUCGGUACUGAGGACAGCGUCUCAAAGGUCGACCUCGUCCGCUUUCCAAAGCAGAAGUUUAUUGAUUUUGAAUCCUCCACUCCAGAAGUGGUCACCCGUGAAACUAGCGAAACGGGUGUUCCCUGCUUUGUCAUGCAAACGGGUCCCGAGCGCAGACCUCAUGUCCCCCGUACCGUCACCAGUAUGACGGCCGUCUCUCUGGACGACUGGUGCCAGGAUAUUGAUGACAUGCUCCAAGGUCUCCCAGUGAAGCAGAGACCAGAUCAUGGAGAAAUCGUAUUUGUUCCAAUACCAGACUAUCCCGAGAUAGUACCGAAUUAUGGACAACAGGACAGUUCUACAGAAAUUCAAGAUAGUGAGUAUCAACAAGUCCAGCAAAUAUGGGAAAAAUAUCCAGAAGGAGAAAUAAAAGAACUUGAUGAGAAAGAAUAUUCAGAACGAGAAAUAAAAGAACUUGACGAAGUACAAAAAGAAAUUCUAAGGCAAAUAAUAGAGGCCUUGGUAAGGUCAGCAAAACAAAUAGUAGAUAAUGAAAGUCUUGGAAUAAAGUUGGAAGAAAAGACUUCAAAGGCUAAAGAAAUGAAAAAAGAAAAAGAGGUCUUAGAAGUUGAGCCAGUAGGGAAAGAAGUUGCAGCACAAGUGCUCAAGGCUCAGAAUGUCAAAGAAAUAGAAACUCAAGAAAUAGAAAAAGAAUACCCAGGAAAUGAAACAGAGAAUGAGGAAAAUACAAAAAUAGACCAGAAUUAUUCGAGAGGACCCGAGGAUGUGACGAAGAAGAAAGUGUAUCAGCGGGAUACAGAAGAGAUGGCGGAUCCAUCUGUUCCUGAUGAAGAACCCGCAUCAAGCAAAGCUAGUGAUAAGUCACAUUCAGAAGAAUUCCAGUUAUGUCCAGAAUGUAAGCGUCUUGUGCUUUCUAGAGACAUAGACAUGGAUUAUACGCCAUUUUUUCAGGAAGGUCUAGAGUCGUGCUCUACCUGUAAAAAUCCUUUUGAGCCAUCGGCUGCAGCAGCAAACGGAAUGAGGGGAGUCGAGGAAAUAGAACCAUUUACAGAAAAAGAAUAUUCAGAUCAACACUUAGCUGAAUCAAAUGAAAUUGCAGCACCAGACGAAAUGGAGGGAAAAUACGACGAUGAAAUAGAACCAUUUCCAGAAAACGAAUAUCCAGACCAACAAAUAGAUCAGUCAGUUCAAACGUCAGCAGCAGACGAAAUGUGGGAAAAAUACGAAGAAAUAGAACCACUUAUAGAUAAAGAAUAUUUAGAUCAAGCAAUUCAAACUAUAACAGCAGACGAAAUGGAGAAACAUUAUACAAAUGAGCUAAAAACAAUGAAAGCUAAACUUAUCGAAAACGUGAGUACAAUACAAGAACCAGAGAGUCACUCAGCUAAGCAGCACGAAACAGAGGAUGUGAGCGCACAGAAAGUUGAAAAAAUUCAAAAGGGUGUAGGAAAAGAAUAUCCACAACAAGUCACUUCAUCAGUUCGUGAUCAAACACCCACGUGUAGUGCUGUUACAGCUGACUUAGAAUACGAUUAUUGUCCUGAAUGCAAUAGUUUUGUGCCCUUUAGUGUGACAGAAAUGGAUUAUGCGACUUUUUACGCUUCAAUGGUUCAGGAAGAUCUACAGCUCUGCUGUGAGUGUAAAGAGCUUGGUAUUCAUCAACUUUCACAGAUGGAAUGUCAGCACCCAGAAACGGCCGGGUAUGGACUGGAAAUACCUUGCGAAUGCGGCAUGGUACUAAGUUGUCCUGAAUGCGAGUUGCUUGAGCCCUUUAGCACAGGACAAUUUCCAUGCUCUGUAGCACAAAGGGGAUACGAAUCAUUCGAUCCUUCUUUUCAACAAGAUCAGGACCUAUGCUCUACAUGUCGAAGGCUUUCUGUUUCAGAGCCUAUUUACAGACAAGAAUCACAGCCAAUGAAAGACAUGAUCGUUCCUUCUUUUCAACAAGAUCAGGACCUAUCCUGUACAUGUCGAAGAAUUACUGUUCCAGAGACUAUUUGGAGAGAAGAAUCACAGCCAGUGAAAGACGUGAUCGUUCCUUCUUUUCAACAAGAUCAGGACCUAUCCUGUACAUGUCGAAGACAUUCUGUUCCAGAGACUAUUUGGAGAGAAGAAUCACAGCCAGUGAAAGACGUGAUUACAACACGUGGACCAGCAGCAGCUGAAGAACGAGAAGACACUGAGGUUCCGAAGGAACGAGAGGCUGGGGAAAGUCAGAUAGGUGUAGAAGACCAAUAUCCAGAGCAAGCUGAGAAGGUUCUGAAAGCUACAGAGUCAAAGGUUGAGUCUUCGCAAGCAGCACAAAUUGAGAAAACUUCACAAGUAAUGAAAGAGGAGGAUGCACAGAAAGAAGAAGAGGUUUCAAGUCAAGAGACAGUACAUGAACCAGCAGCAGCUGAAGAACGAGAAGACACUGAGGUUCUGAAGGUACGAGAGGCUGGAGAAAGUCAGAUAGGUGUAGAAGACCAAUAUCCAGAGGAAGCUGAGAAGGUUCUGAAAGCUACAGAGUCAAAGGUUGAGUCUUCGCAAGCAGCACAAAUUAUGAAAACUUCACAAGUACUUAAACAAGAGGAUGCACAGAAAGAAGAAGAGGUUUCAAGUCAAGAGACAGUACAUGAACCAGCAGCAGCUGAAGAACGAGAAGACACUGAGGUUCUGAAAGUACGAGAGGCUGGAGAAAGUCAGAUAGGUGUAGAAGACCAAUAUCCAGAGGAAGCUGAGAAGGUUCUGAAAGCUACAGAGUCAAAGGUUGAGUCUUCGCAAGCAGCACAAAUUGAGAAAACUUCACAAGUACUUAAACAAGAGGAUGCACAGAAAGAAGAAGAGGUUUCAAGUCAAGAGACAGUACACGAACCAGCAGCAGCUGAAGAACGAGAAGACACUGAGGUUCUGAAAGUACGAGAGGCUGGAGAAAGUCAGAUAGGUGUAGAAGACCAAUAUCCAGAGCAAGCUGAGAAGGUUCUGAAAGCUACAGAGUCAAAGGCUGAGUCUUCGCAAGCAGCACAAAUUAAGGAAACUUCCCAAGUAAUGAAAGAGGAAGAUGCACAGAAAGAAGAAGAGGUUUCAAGUCAAGAGACAGUACAUGAACCAGCAGCAGCUGAAGAACGAGAAGACACUGAGGUUCUGAAAGUACGAGAGGCUGGAGAAAGUCAGAUAGGUGUAGAAGACCAAUAUCCACAGCAAGCAGAGAUGGUUCUGAAAGCUACAGAGUCAAAGGCCGAGUCUUCGCAAGCAGCACAAAUUGAAAAAUCUACACAAGUAAUAAAAGAGGAAGAUGCACAGAAAGGAAGAAAGUUUUUGUGUUGUUGUCGACAGACAGUUAGUGAACACCCACGAGCAGCUGAAGGUGAAGAAGGAACAAAGAAAGAAUAUCAAGACGGGAAGUCUUUCGGUGUUCCAGAAGCAAUAAGGGCUUAUAAGAAACAAGUAGCUGAUAUUGAAAAUAUUAAAGACGAAACAGAGGAAAAGUAUGCCCAGGAAGCAGCCGAUGUUUCUGAAGGUCCAAGGACAGUUAGUGAAUAUCCGGAACAAGUAGCCGACACGGAAGGAAUUCAGGAGGGAGCAGAGAAAGAAUAUCCUCAACAAGGCAUGAAGGCUGUGGAAGUUCCAGACCAAAUAACUGACUAUCCACAAGUAGGUAAAGCUGAGCAAGUUAAAGAGAAAGUAGAAAAAGAAUAUGUACAACGAGCCAGAGAGGAUGUGGAAGUUUCAGAUAAAAUAAGUGAAUAUCCUCAACAGCUAGAUGACUUUAAAAAUAUUAAGGAAAAAACAGAGGAAAAGUAUGCCCAGGAAGCAGCCGAUGUUUCUGAAGGUCCAAGGAAGUUAGUGAAUAUCCGGAACAAGAAUCCGACACGGAGGGAAUUCAGGAGGGAGCAGAGAAAGAAUAUCCUCAACAAGCAUGAAGGCUGUGGAAGUUCCAGACAAAUAACUGACUAUCCACAAGUAGGUAAAGCUGAGCAAGUUAAAGAGAAAGUAGAAAAAGAAUAUGUACAACGAGCCAGAGAGGAUGUGGAAGUUUCAGAUAAAAUAAGUGAAUAUCCACAACAGCUAGAUGACUUUAAAAAUAUUAAGGAAAAAACAGAGGAAAAGUAUGCCCAGGAAGCAGCCGAUGUUUCUGAAGGUCCAAGGACAGUUAGUGAAUAUCCGGAACAAGCAGCCGACACGGAGGGAAUUCAGGAGGGAGCAGAGAAAGAAUAUCCUCAACAAGGCAUGAAGGCUGUGGAAGUUCCAGACCAAAUAACUGACUAUCCACAAGUAGGUAAAGCUGAGCAAAUUAAAGAGAAAGUAGAAAAAGAAUAUGUACAACGAGCCAGAGAGGAUGUGGAAGUUUCAGAUAAAAUAAGUGAAUAUCCACAACAGCUAGAUGACUUUAAAAAUAUUAAGGAAAAAACAGAGGAAAAGUAUGCCCAGGAAGCAGCCGAUGUUUCUGAAGGUCCAAGGACAGUUAGUGAAUAUCCGGAACAAGAAUCCGACACGGAGGGAAUUCAGGAGGGAGCAGAGAAAGAAUAUCCUCCACAAGGCAUGAAGGCUGUGGAAGUUCCAGACCAAAUAACUGACUAUCCACAAGUAGGUAAAGCUGAGCAAAUUAAAGAGAAAGUAGAAAAAGAAUAUGUACAACGAGCCAGAGAGGAUGUGGAAGUUUCAGAUAAAAUAAGUGAAUAUCCACAACAGCUAGAUGACUUUAAAAAUAUUAAGGAAAAAACAGAGGAGAAGUAUGCCCAGGAAGCAGCCGAUGUUUCUGAAGGUCCAAGGACAGUUUGUGGAUGUCGGAAACAAGUAGCCGACACGGAGGGAAUUCAAGAGGGAGCAAAGAAAGAAUAUUCACAACAAGGCAUGAAGGAUGUGGAAGUUUCAGACCAAAUAAGGGCUUAUAAGAAACAAGUAGCUGAUAUUGAAAAUAUUAAGGAAAAAACAGAGGAAAAGUAUGCCCAGGAGGCAGCCGAUGUUUCUGAAGGUCCAAGGACAGUUAGUGAAUAUCCGGAACAAGCAGCCGACACGGAAGGAAUUCAGGAGGGAGCAGAGAAAGAAUAUCCUCAACAAGACAUGAAGGCUGUGGAAGUUCCAGACCAAAUAACUGACUAUCCACAAGUAGGUAAAGCUGAGCAAGUUAAAGAGAAAGUAGAAAAAGAAUAUGUACAACGAGCCAGAGAGGAUGUGGAAGUUUCAGAUAAAAUAAGUGAAUAUCCACAACAGCUAGAUGACUUUAAAAAUAUUAAGGAAAAAACAGAGGAAAAGUAUGCCCAGGAAGCAGCCGAUGUUUCUGAAGGUCCAAGGACAGUUAGUGAAUAUCCGGAACAAGAAUCCGACACGGAGGGAAUUCAGGAGGGAGCAGAGAAAGAAUAUCCUCAACAAGGCAUGAAGGCUGUGGAAGUUCCAGACCAAAUAACUGACUAUCCACAAGUAGGUAAAGCUGAGCAAAUUAAAGAGAAAGUAGAAAAAGAAUAUGUACAACCAGCCAGAGAGGAUGUGGAAGUUUCAGAUAAAAUAAGUGAAUAUCCACAACAGCUAGAUGACUUUAAAAAUAUUAAGGAAAAAACAGAGGAGAAGUAUGCCCAGGAAGCAGCCGAUGUUUCUGAAGGUACAAGGACAGUUAGUGAAUAUCCGGAACAAGAAUCCGACACGGAGGGAAUUCAGGAGGGAGCAGAGAAAGAAUAUCCUCAACAAGGCAUGAAGGCUGUGGAAGUUCCAGACCAAAUAACUGACUAUCCACAAGUAGGUAAAGCUGAGCAAAUUAAAGAGAAAGUAGAAAAAGAAUAUGUACAACGAGCCAGAGAGGAUGUGGAAGUUUCAGAUAAAAUAAGUGAAUAUCCACAACAGCUAGAUGACUUUAAAAAUAUUAAGGAAAAAACAGAGGAGAAGUAUGCCCAGGAAGCAGCCGAUGUUUCUGAAGGUCCAAGGACAGUUAGUGAAUAUCCGGAACAAGAAUCCGACACGGAGGGAAUUCAGGAGGGAGCAGAGAAAGAAUAUCCUCAACAAGGCAUGAAGGCUGUGGAAGUUCCAGACCAAAUAACUGACUAUCCACAAGUAGGUAAAGCUGAGCAAAUUAAAGAGAAAGUAGAAAAAGAAUAUGUACAACGAGCCAGAGAAGAUGUGGAAGUUUCAGAUAAAAUAAGUGAAUAUCCACAACAGCUAGAUGACUUUAAAAAUAUUAAGGAAAAAACAGAGGAGAAGUAUGCCCAGGAAGCAGCCGAUGUUUCUGAAGGUCCAAGGACAGUUUGUGGAUGUCGGAAACAAGUAGCCGACACGGAGGGAAUUCAAGAGGGAGCAAAGAAAGAAUAUCCUCAACAAGGCAUGAAGACUGUGGAAGUUCUAGAAGCAAUAACGGCUUAUAAGAAACAAAUAGCUGAUAUUGAAAAUAUUAAGGACGAAACAGAAGAAAAGUAUGCCCAGGAGGCAGCCGAUGUUUCUGGAAGUCCAAGGACAGUUAGUGAAUAUCCAGAACAAGUGGUAAUUCGGGAGAAAGACUUUCCACUACAGACUGGACAGGAUGUGGACGUUCCAGGCCAAGUAAGUGGCUAUCCACAACAGGUAGAUCACACUAAAGGCCUCAAGGAAGGGGAAGAAGAAAAAUAUGCACAGGCAGUACCAGACGUUUUGGUGGGUCCAAAAACAGUCAGUGAACAACAAGCAGCUAAAACGGAGAAAAUUCAGAAAGAGGAAGAGAAAGAAUAUUCACAAAAGGGCAUGAAACAAGACGUUCCAGAAGCAAUAAGUGACGAUUUACAAAGAGUAGCUAGGGAUGAAAUUAAAGAGGAAGUGGAAAAGGAAUAUACACAACAAGCCAGAGCGGAUGUGAAAGUUCCAGAAAAAAUAAGCGAAUAUCCACAAGUAGCUCAGGUGGAAGAAACUCUCCAAGGAAUACAAAGCGAAUCUAAAGAACAAGCAGAAAAAGUUAUGGAAGUUCCAGAAACACGGUAUCUGCAAGAAGAUUUGGAGGGUCCAAAGACAAUUAGCAAAUAUCCACAACAAGUAGCAGAAGCUAAGAACAUUCAGGAGGUAGUUCCACAACAAGUAGAUGAGAAAAAAAUUCAUGCACCAGUAGAAAAAGAAUAUUCUGAAGACGUUUUGGAAGGUCAACAAGCCAGGAAGGCUACGAAAAUUCCACAACAAGUAGCAGAGGUGAAAGACAUUAAGGAGGGUGUAGAAAAAGGUUAUAUACAACAAGACAGAAAGGGUGUAGAAGUUCCAAAAACAAUCAGUGAAUCUCCACAGCAAGUAGCUGAGAUUGGCGAAAUUAAGGGAGAAGCAGAAAAAGGAUAUCCAGUGCAACCCAGACAACAAGUAGCUGAGAUUGGCGAAAUUAAGGGAGAAGCAGAAAAAGGAUAUCCAGUACAACCCAGACAACAAGUAGCUGAGAUUGGCGGAGUUAAGGGAGAAGCAGAAAAAGGAUAUCCAGUACAACCUAGACAACAAGUAGCUGAGAUUGGCGGAAUUAAGGGAGAAGCAGAAAAAGGAUAUCCAGUACAACCUAGACAACAAGUAGCUGAGAUUGGCGGAGUUAAGGGAGAAGCAGAAAAAGGAUAUCCAGUACAACCUAGACAACAAGUAGCUGAGAUUGGCGGAAUUAAGGGAGAAGCAGAAAAAGGAUAUCCAGUGCAACCCAGACAAGUAGCUGAGAUUGGCGGAGUUAAGGGAGAAGCAGAAAAAGGAUAUCCAGUACAGCCUAGACAACAAGUAGCUGAGAUUGGCGGAAUUAAGGGAGAAGCAGAAAAAGGAUAUCCAGUACAACCCAGACAACAAGUAGCUGAGAUUGGCGGAGUUAAGGGAGAAGCAGAAAAAGGAUAUCCAGUACAACCUAGACAACAAGUAGCUGAGAUUGGCGGAGUUAAGGGAGAAGCAGAAAAAGGAUAUCCAGUACAGCCUAGACAACAAGUAGCUGAGAUUGGCGGAAUUAAGGGAGAAGCAGAAAAAGGAUAUCCAGUGCAACCCAGACAAGUAGCUGAGAUUGGCGGAGUUAAGGGAGAAGCAGAAAAAGGAUAUCCAGUACAGCCUAGACAACAAGUAGCUGAGAUUGGCGGAAUUAAGGGAGAAGCAGAAAAAGGAUAUCCAGUACAACCCAGACAACAAGUAGCUGAGAUUGGCGGAGUUAAGGGAGAAGCAGAAAAAGGAUAUCCAGUACAGCCCAGACAACAAGUAGCUGAGAUUGGCGGAGUUAAGGGAGAAGCAGAAAAAGGAUAUCCAGUACAGCCCAGACAGGUUAUGGAAGUUCCAGAAACAAUAAGUAAAUAUACACCUCAAGUAGCUGAACCUAAGCAAAUUCAGGGGGCAGUGGAGAAAGAAACAGUAAGUAAAUACCCAAAACAAGUAACAUAUAUUGAGAAAGCUCAUGAGGUGAAAGAAUAUUCACAGGAAGCAGAAAAAGUUCCUAAAGGUCCAGAGUCAGUUAGACAAUCUUCAGAACAAGGUUCAGAGUUAAAACAAGCAGUUAAAGCUGUGGAAGUUACAAAGAUAAUAGAUCGACCUCCCACAAAAGUAACAGAGGCUGACGUCGAUGAAAUAAAAACAAAACAAGCGCAAGAGAUGAUUGCAGCUUACGCAACGAAAAAGGACUUUUCAAAACAAAGAAUUGAUGGCGAGGAAUUUACAGAUGCUGCAAUAGUUCGAAAAAUAGACCAAGAUAUUGUAAAAGAAGAUGUUGAAAUUAUAAAACCUGAAAGAUUGCAAAGGGUGAGAAAAGAACAAGCAGACACAUCAGAUAAAAUAGCAAAACGUUAUCCACAGCAAGAACUAGACGUUGUGGGGAUUAGAACAAAGCGGAAAGUGUCGAUAGAACAAAAAUAUGAACCUGAUGAAGUUGAAGACAUAGAAAAACAAUUCCCAAAGCAAGAAAUAAAAACUAUGCCUGUCAAAGCAACAACACAAAGAACCAUUCGAGAAUUUAAUGAAGCUGGGGUUGAUGAACCUUUGUAUGAAAUAGUUACAAAACAAGCAUCAAAGACUGCGUCACGUGAACAACUAAAAGUAGAAUACAGACAUGAAGUAUCCGAGGAUGUGGAAGAAGUAACAGUUACGGAAACUAUAUGUAUGGUCGGAAAAUAUUCUCUACUACCAGAAGGGGAUGAAACAGUUCAAGAAAUUAAAAAACGUGUUAAACAUGAAUCAGAGACUUUGAAUUCUGUAAAGAUAACACAAACAUAUUCAUAUCAAGUACAAGAGAUUACUUUAAAUGAUCCAGAGGCAAUACAAGAAUUUUCACGGAUAGAAAUCUGUUCUGCGAAAAAUGGGGACAAAGUAAAACAAGAUCCAACAAAGUAUGCUUAUAAAGAUGAAAAACCGGAGACAUACAAAGAAACUCAUAAGAUUAAUUUAUUCCAUAAGGAACAAGGUCGAGAAUUUACGUCUGUGUGUGACUGGCCUGUUACUGAAGUGCCUUAUGUACCAGAACCACCACACAAAAGUGCUAAAAGUUGUGUGCCUUCAGCACUAAAACGCGUCCCAUCUGAAACUGACUUUUUUUCUUUGAUUCAAGAAAGGUUGUACAAUGAAAUGGGAUCUCAUAACGAAUUCAGUACAGAAAUACUUUCCCAAAAACAUGUACUUAAUACUAUUGAAGUUCAAGAAAUGGACUCGUCCUCAACAGAUGACGAUAUAUAUUGUGCUGAUUGUAAUUGCCGUGCGCCUUUGAUAACGCAAUAUGCAGGAGGCUCUGUGGAAAGUCGGGAAGCAGAAUUAAAGUAUGCUUCUUUAUUUGCUUCCUUUUUUCAAGAAGAUCAAGAACUCUGCCCUGAGUGUAGGGGAUAUUAUCAUCCAGCGCAUGUAAGUACACAAGAGCCACCUCAAAUAGCACACUGUCAUGGUGCAUGUUCAGAAAAAGCCGAAGUGAAUGUGGAAGUCAAGGAAACAGAAAAAGCAUCCUUAUUUAAUUCAUUGUUUGAAGACGAUCCACAGCUUUCCUCUGCGUUUAGGGAGUAUUGCAGGUCAGUGCCACAGGAGACGGUGUGUCAGGAGAUAUAUCUAGAACAAUCUUUCGUGAACGUGGAUGGCGAAGAGACGAAAAGGGCCAUGGUAAAAAAGAUCGCAAAACAAGCACCAGAAACUUUGGCAUUGGACCGAAACGAAAAAGAAUAUUCAAAUACACAGAAUAACUAUGCAUCAUUUGUUUCAUUUCUUAAGGAAAGCAAUCGAGAAUUUUCAUCUGUUUGUGAAUGGCCUGUUGUAAGAACAUCAGUUUCUGGAGCCGACAUAAAAAAGAAGCAAUCUGCUGAGCGUUUAGUAGACUCUAUACAAAUUCAGGACACGGAGAAGCAAGGGCUUAGUGCAGCCGAUACUAUGACCACUCCAUUGCCCCCAGACCAGCCGUUGAAACGACAGAACCAAGAAGUGAAUGCUGCAUUUGAAAGCUCUAGUAUCACUACAAGCUUAGAACUUGGCGAAAUGCCACCAGAAAUCAGCAGCUUCUUCGCGGAUGACGAGGCAUCAGGAAGUGAGGAAGAAAAGAAGCAAGAUAGGCACAAGAUCAUCAAGACACACAAGCGCGCCACAUACAGCGCAAAUGCUGAAUCAUCAAGCUCCUCAGAGCACUUGACCGAAGAAUCUAGUGACAGACCGAGACGCCUAGUGAAGAAACUUUCAGAGGAUAAUAAAUCAGCAUUUCAAAAUUACCAAAGCUGUGAAAUUGUUUUUAAAGAAAAAAGUAGAGAAUUCACCUCUGUGUGUGCGUGGCCUAUUUAUUCUACUCCCUACAGCCCACAACAAGUAGCACAUACUGUAGAAGUUACAGACUCAGAAACGGUUUUUUUAAGACCAUCAGCGGAGGAUGAGGUCAGGGAGACAAAAAAAGAAAAUUCAUUAUCUAAAAACGAUUGUCACGAAUUUCGCUUUGCGGGUACAACAAAACAUCUUCCAGAACCUCCAAAGACUGGAGAAGGGCAGGAGAGUGUACAAACACUAGAGGCUAUGGAAGUGACAGAUGUAGGGCACACAGAUGACGUAACACAAGUAUCAGAAGACACAGACAUACUGUCCCUGGUUCUAGCAGAGGUGAGCGCUGAACUAGAAAGGCCUGACUCGUCUUCCAAUGAAAGCAACUCCCUCUCUCCUGUGUGUCGAUCUCCAGAGCUUCCCGACACAGAGUGCACCGCAGCAAGGUUGUUCUCACAGGAAGAGCUAGUUAUGUGUUCUUCUUGUCGCAAAGAAGAAGCAAAAGAAAACCCACUGUAGAAAGCUUGUUCUUCACCUUCACUACCAACCACCACCUCCCAGCACUCAUUGAAUAGUCCAAGGCAGGAAACGGGUACUGAAGAUAAUGUAAUCACUAGCCUUCCACAGGAAAACCAACUAUGACCCCAACUGAAUCAGCCGUAUCGGAUGUACUCUUCUUCCAGUUUUGACACUGGGAGAAAAUGAGCAACAAUUGCAGUCUGAUUCUAAAUUCUUAUUCUAACAUUUCUAGUCUCAUUCUAAAUUCUGAUUCUAACAAUUCUAGCCUCCAAAAAUAUACAAUUAAAAACUAACACCAUGGUAACCAGUGCUGUCUACAGUCUGUUGAACAAAAGAAGUCAAGCAGGUGGUGGACAGGUGAUAUUAAGUCUUUUUUUCAAAUGACUGAUUCAAGACAGUAUCAUCCAGCCACAACAGUUGGGACCCAAUCGCAGCCACGAAGUACUCCUUUUUCAUCCUCAAGGCAUAGGGGAAUGGCCUGGCUUUGCUGACAGAUGGGGAUUGGUCAGUCAGCUAAGAAGAUUCCCAUUUCAAUCGUGUAUAACGGUGACUUCUAGAAUUCGGCCUUACAAUCGUCGCUCUCAAAGAUUGCUGUGGUGCAGUCGCUAGCACUAAGUGGCCCACCAACAACACCUUCAGCAACAAAACUGCGCAUAUUUCACAUUUAAAAAAUCUAACAUGAUAUUACAAAUUAAUCUGAAGCACUUAUAUCAUUUUUGUCAUUUUAACAUACAAAAAAUUUGACUCAAAAUUCUUGAAAAAUUCAUACAUACACCAUCCCAGUUUAGAGCUAAAUUCCACUUCAAAAUUUAUUUUAUUCGCAUAAAACAGAGACCCGUGUGUCUAAAUAAAGGAAGCUAUACACGUUGAGAUUGUUGACAUCAUUUGUUUUUUAGUACGUGCGACUUCAAAGUUUGCUAAAAACAAUUUACUGUAGCCAACCUUUACUGAAAUUUAAAUCUUAGUGAGAAAUUCUUGAAUAUACACGCAUCACCGGACGUGUACGUAUAUUUACACAUACACAUACACAUACGCCCUCCCGAACAUUCUAUUCCCUUUUAAAUCUUCUUAAUUAAGGUGCGUAUGAACUAACCCUGACGAACUGCUAUGUGUUUUUUAUAACUGAUUGUAGACUUUUGGCUAAGUUGUCUCUUUUAAUAGUGGUUUUCAGCUAAAGUCAAAUUCGGAUUAAGAGAAGACAAAAUUAAUGAGAUUUUUUUUUCUCUUAUUAAUACAAAAAGUAAGAACUUACAUGGAUAUAGUCUUGAUUUAGUCCAUGAUUACUUUUUACAGACAUGGGUAUUUUACAAGAAAACUCUUCUGCCGCUCAAACCUUCACUUCGUAAGCCAUGAUUCCAAACUCAGUUAUCAUAAAUCAUGUUGGGUACCGGAAGAAUGGCAGAAGCAGGUCCCACAACGACGCGUGGACAUCUCAUUGUUAGGCAUCUGCGCUGUGCUUUUGGUUAAACAUUCUGAAUUUAGAGGAAUAUAUGCAGUAUAUCAUCACACAUUUCUCUGUUCACUAAAAUGUUGAUUCAACUGUCAUAUUCGCAUUUUGAAGGUGUGCAAAUUUUGGUAGUCUGUUGGUAAACGUGCUUUACAACAGUCUGCACUUUUACUUAUUUAUUGGUCCUUCGAAAACUGUGUUUGUUUCUUCCUUGAUUCGCAUAUCAAACUAUAAGGUAAAUCGAGAACCAUAUUAUUACCUAUAUCCGUAAGACUUUACGCAUUUGCAAUGAAAAAUUUUGUCACUGCUUCAUUAGAUUUUAUUUUAACAGUUCUGACAAUUGCAUUUUUGUGUACAUCACUUAUAAAUUUUUGCUUUUUUCCAGAACCCAAAAACUUGUCAAAGACAAGGUGCAGAAGAGGACAAGGCUGCUGCCGUUUAUUCAAGUGGAUCGGACAUCAAAUUGGAUGAACCCGCUCGUCGUGAGCAACCCGUCCAUGUUAAAAAAAGAGAAGGCAGCCUCAGGUUCUUACAUCAGGUCCAGGGGACCUCAUUUCAGGGCUUGCCGAAUAGAAGGACCAAGAGGCGCUAAGAAGUACACUACAAGCUUCUGUUGUCCAUCCAAGUGGAUCAAAACUCCAGUUACUUGCAGCGAGGAACUCAUUGAUUUGAAAAGGGGAGUCUUGCUGCAUGCUGACACCUGGAGGAAAGAGACUGCUUCACGGUCUAGUGACGCUGUAGCUGCGCGAGACGGCUCGACCUCCUGCACGAGGCGCUGUAAAACGCCGGGUCCGCUUGUGGCUGCUGCAGUCGACUGGUGGACAUCUUCAACGGUCUGGACGUGCUUCUAGCUACGUACCAGCCCCUAAAGAAACAACUAAUCUUCUAGCUGGAAACUAGCAGCCGUGUAGGCUAAAUG